GGCCCGCAGGUCCGGGCGAUGCCCCCGGACCCCCCAUCUCUAUGGGACCUGGUGAAGGAGCAGGUGCCGCCCCCCGAGCGGCCCGAAGUGAAGCGGAUUCUGGGGCAGACCACGGUGGAACUGAGUCUGGAGCUGCGGGCAGAGGUGAUGCUGCUGCGCUCCCUGCUCCAUGAGGCCCGAUCCUCCCCGGGCCCUGGCCGCCGCCCCUCCGCUGACCCUACCUCCCUCCUGGCACCGUCACCCCUGCUAAGGGACCUCCUGCGCCAGGAGCUCCGGCAGCUGCUCCAGGCUCUCCGGCAGAAGGCCAUCCGCGAGGGCAGGGAGCAGACCCAGGCGUGGGUCCAGUACAGCCCCCGGGUCCUGCACUUUGCCUUGGAGGAGCCCAAGUGUGACCCGCCAGAGCAAGAGCCCUUCCCGAUGAGAGCUGGGGAAGCCAGCAGCCAGCCCAAGGACCUCAGUGUCAUCAGGGACCAGCUGAAUGUGUACAGCAUUGACCAGGUGGCCCAACACCUGCGGGGCCUCCUGAAGGACGAGUGUCGCAGCUUGGAGAGGGAGAUCCACCGCCUGCAGCAAUGCCUGGAAGAGCAGUACGAGGGGCCACCCCAGCCCUCGGAGGACACCCCGGACCUCACCUUGGCAGAGCUGAAGGAGCAGAAGGCAGCUAUGCUGCGGGAACUGAAGGCAGCCCCCACGCCCUCCGGUGUCCCCCACAGCCCCUGGCAGCAGCCCUUUGGGUCCAGACAGGCCUUUCUGCCAGUGCCUUGCCCCCAGGGCACCACUGGAGUCUGGCCUCAGGCGCUGCAGUGCUGUCUGCCUGCUCCUCCUCGUGACAGGCGUCCCCACCCCCAAGGUCUGGCCUCCACCUGCCGCUGGGGCCGGAAGCUUCAGUAUAACCCCAGGACCAGGCCAGCACUGCCAGCAUUGUCCAGUGGACCACCCCGGGCCCCCUCUUGAAGUGUUGGCCACUGAC